AUGUCUGCUCUUCCAGAUGAGGUCAACAAUUCGUUGAUCAAUGUGCUCCAUGGGUUUGCAUCUGCCGAUAAUGAGACUCGUGCCGCUGCCGAGAAGGUCUUGAACCAGGAAUGGAUCACACCGGCUAAUAUUGAGAUCCUUCUAAUAUUUUUGUCAGAGCAAGCUUCUUCCUCACAGGAUCUAACUUCAAGUGCCUUAUCCGCAGUGUUGUUCAGAAAGCUGGCGCUGAGGGCGCCACCAUCAUCCAAGACCGUUAUUAUUGCAAAAAACAUCACACAACUGAGUACCAAUGGGCUCAAUCAAAUUCGUGCUACUCUUCUGAAGGGGUUCGUCUCUGAUAGACCAGGCAGUAUAAGACACAAACUGUCAGACGCUAUGGCCGAAUGUGCUCAGGAUGACCUUCCGGAAUGGCCUGAACUUUUGCAGGCUCUUAUUGAGGCAUUGAAAAAUCAAGAUCCCAACUUUAGAGAAUCGAGUUUUAGAAUUUUAUCCACGGUACCACACCUUAUCAAUAAUGUCGACGUUAUGAAUAUUCUACCAGUCUUUGAAGCAGGUUUCACUGAUCCUGAUGACAAUGUGAAAAUUGCCUCUGUCACUGCAUUCGUUGGAUACUUCAAACAAUUGCCAAAAGCGCACUGGUCAAAGUUGGGUGUUUUGUUGCCAAGUUUAUUAAAUAGUUUGCCAAAGUUUCUUGAUGAUGGGAAGGAGGAUGCAUUAGCAGCAGUCUUUGAGUCUCUCAUUGAGUUGGUGGAAUUAGCUCCGAAGCUUUUCAAGGAUAUGUUUGAUCAAUUGAUUCAGUUUGCCAACAUGGUCAUCAAAAUGAAGGAUUUAGAUACACCAGCAAGGACUACAGCUUUAGAGCUCCUGACAGUUUUCAGUGAAAAUUCACCUCAAAUGUGUAAGGCAAAUUCAAAUUAUGCCCAAACCAUGAUUGUGUCCACUCUGCUAAUGAUGACAGAAGUAUCUAUUGAUGAUGAUGAGGCUACUGAUUGGAGAGAAUCCGAUGAUGCAGAGGAAGAUGAAGAAGAAGUGGUUUAUGACCAUGCACGUCAAGCUCUGGAUCGUGUCUCGUUGAAAUUAGGUGGGAAGUAUCUGGCUGCUCCGCUUUUCCACUAUCUGCAGGAAAUGGUUGGAUCAUCUCAAUGGAGAGAACGUUUUGGUGCGCUUAUGGCUCUUUCCUCUGCUGCGGAAGGUUGUCGAGACGUGUUGAUUGGAGAAAUUCCCAAAAUUCUAGAUAUGGUUUUACCGUUGAUCAACGAUCCUCAUCCAAGAGUUCAAUAUGGGUGUUGUAAUGUUUUGGGGCAAAUUUCCACAGAUUUUGCUCCACUGAUUCAAAGGACAUCGCAUGACAGAAUCCUACCAGCAUUAAUCUCAAAGUUGACUAACAGCUCAAUUGACAGAGUCCAAACACAUGCGGCUGCUGCGCUUGUCAAUUUUUCGGAGCAUGCGAACCAGGCAAUUCUGGAACCAUAUCUAGACAGCCUGCUGACGAACUUGUUGACUCUGUUACAAAGUAAUCAACUUUACGUCCAAGAACAGGCUCUGACAACGAUCGCCUUCAUAGCCGAAGCUGCGGAGAAAAAAUUCAUCAAGUACUAUGAUACUUUGAUGCCACUACUGAUAAACGUGUUGAAGAUGGAUGUGAAUGGAGCAAACCGAGUUCUGAAAGGAAAAUGUAUAGAAUGCGCAACGCUGAUUGCUUUGGCUGUUGGGAAAGAUAAAUUUUCCGAAUAUUCACAAGUAUUGGUCGACUUACUGAUAUUAUACCAAAAUAACGGUAUUCAGGAUGAUGAUCCAAUCAAAACGUAUCUGGAACACGGUUGGAGUAGAAUUUGCAGAAUUCUGAGAGAGGAUUUUGUGCCAUUACUUCCAAUAGUCCUUCCGCCAUUAUUGGAAACCGCAAAGGCCACUCAAGACGUCAGCUUGAUUGAAGAAGAGGAAGCGGCCAAUUUUCAACAAUAUGUCGAUUGGGAUGUCGUUCAGAUUCAAGGAAAGCAUAUUGCUAUUCAUACUUCUGUACUCGAUGACAAGGUUUCUGCCAUGGAAUUGCUUCAAGUUUAUAGCACGGUCCUUAAGAGCUUAUUUGCUGGUUACGUGAGCGAGAUUAUGAAUGACAUUGCAAUUCCAUCCAUUGACUUUUAUUUACAUGACGGUGUUCGUGCAACCGGUGCAAGUCUAAUCCCAGUCCUGUUAUCUUGCCUGAUUGCAGCCGUUGGUUUACAAAAUGAAGAAGUACAACUCCUAUGGCAAUCAGCUUCAUCUAAACUUAUAUCUGGUAUCAUGUCUGAGCCAAUGCCUGAAAUCACUCAAAUUUACCAUUCUUCGUUAGUGGACACAUUGAAAACGAUGGGCACUGACUGCUUGACCGAAGAUGCACAGGUGAAGUUCACGAAGGGUCUCUCAGCUAACUUAACAGAUGUCUUCGAACGGGUUAAGCAAAGACACACUGAGGAUGACGAGUAUAAUGAGGAAUUAGAUCAAGAGUACGAGGAUUUCACCGACGAAGAUCUUCUAGACGAGAUCAACAAAUCAAUUGCAGCAUUUUUCAAGGCGAGCAAAGGGGACUAUAUUACCCAUUUCCAAAGCAUAUGGUCCUUGGUGGAUACGUAUCUGCACGAUAGUGAGAUCAUAUUGACGCUAUUCGCUCUAGUUGCUCUUGGAGACAUGGUACAGUACUGCGGUGAGCGCUCUGCACCUUUCAAAGACAGCUUUGUACCCAAGGUCUCUGGAUACCUCGUGUCGCCUGAGCCAAGUAUUCGCCAAGCUGCUGCUUACAUCAUUGGUGUGUGUGCUCAAUAUGCUCCAUCUACGUACGGUGACGUCUGUGUAUCCUCCCUAGAGACUUUGUUCCAAGUUGUCAGUAUACCAGAUGCCCAAUCAGAUGAGAACCAGACAGCAACAGAGAAUGCGAGUGCUGCCAUAGCAAAGAUUCUGCAUGCUUUUAGCGCAAACAUGCCUAACUUGGAAACUUACCUAGCUAACUGGCUGCGAACCCUUCCAAUCAUUGUUGAUGACGAGGCAGCUGCAUUCUCAUACAGAUUCCUAAGCCAUUUGAUCGACACAAAUUCACCCGUUGUCAGUGGACCUUCCAACAUCCCCGUGGUAGUUGACAACGUCGUGCAGGCACUUCAUCAUAAAUCCAUCUCGGGUAAAACUGCUGCGGCUGUGGUCGAAUCAACAAAAAGACUAUUAGGUACUUUACCUCAGGCGGAUGCCAUGGGUAUCUUGCAAAGAUAUCCAUCAGAUGUGAUGCAAACUAUUCAAGUAUGGUUCUCUUAG